GCAGGUAUUGAUUCAUCGAAUUGUGUUCCCGACAAAAAGUUAACACGCAAUGUUUCUCAAGCUUCAGCAUUUAGAUACAAAUUGUCUUCCGAUUCUCCAUUCAGUCAAGUCCUCAAAAACCACUAACAUCAAUGGCGGAGUUUUACUUCCUCUUCCCCGUCACCGUGCUGAAACAGAAUUCGAACAACCCCCCAUCAACAAACACAAUAUUCCACCUCAAAAACCAUCCCAUUUGGAGAAAAUAUCUGUUCUCCAUAAACCAAAACUGAACCCAGAGGGUUCGGUUGAAAACCCAGACACAGAAAACGCUAUAGUUGAAAAGAAUAAGGCCGUCAAGGGGAGAGUUUGGUCGAGGAAGGGUAUGCUAGAGAAGGAUAAGUUGCAUACCAAGUCUUGGAUGGAACCUGCGAGGGCGAACGACGUGGUGAAGAAAGUGCACACCAACUGUUCGAUGAAAUGGACAAGAUAUGGAGGGUGUCUUCCUGCUAUAUUGGAAGCUUUGGAAACAGUUGGUGAUUUAGACGAAGCCUUUAAGCCUUGGGAAUUGACCUUGAGUAACAAGGAAAGGACUAUAAUUUUGAAGGAACAAAAAGAUUGGCAAAGAGCCAUGGAGAUUUUCGAGUGGUUUAAGAGGAAAGGCUGUUAUGAGUUGAAUGUAAUUCAUUAUAACAUAAUGAUUCGGAUUCUUGGCAAAGCUCGUAGAUGGGUUGAACUUGAGAUAUUGAGGGAUGAAAUGGAGAAGAAUCGAAUCAAUGCCAUAAAUUCCACUUAUGGGACUUUGAUAGACGUAUAUAGUAAAGGUAAUAUUAGGGAGAAAGCAAUGUAUUGGUUAGAUAUGAUGAACAAGAGGAAGAUGGAACCAGAUGAGGUGACUAUGGGAAUCGUUGUUCAAAUGUACAAGACUGCCGGAGAGUUUGAAAAGGCUGAGGAGUUCUUUAAAAAGUGGUCCAUGCGUAAAGGUUUAGCCGAGGCUGAGCCUGUGGCUGUUAGCAAUAGCACACCAACAAAAGUUGCAGCUUUGAGUGGUGAUCCACAAUCCCAUGUUUGUCUAAGCUCAUACACGUAUAAUACUUUGAUCGAUACUUAUGGGAAAGCAGGGAGACUUAAAGAUGCAUCUGAGACAUUCGAGCAUAUGCUUAAAGAAGGGAUCAUCCCAAAUACGGUGACACUUAAUACAAUGAUUCACAUGUUUGGAAAUCAUGGGCAGUUAGAUGAAGUUGCAUCCUUGAUGCAUAAAAUGGAACAUCUUGGAUGCCCACCUGAUACACGAACGUAUAAUAUCCUUAUUUCGCUGCACGCUAAGCAUGACAAUAUCGUUAUGGCAACAGGGUACUUUAAAAAGAUGCAAUCGGCUUCUCUUGAGCCAGAUGCUGUGAGUUUUCGUACACUUUUAUAUGCUCUAUCAAUAAGGCAUAUGGUUACUGAAGCAGAAGAACUUGUAAGUGAGAUGGAUAAAAGGGAUCUUGAAAUAGAUGAAUUCACACAAUCUUCACUUACUAGAAUGUACAUAGAGGCUGGUAUGCUUGAGAAGUCAUGGUUUUGGUUCAAGAGGUUUCAUAUUCAGGGGAAAAUGAGUUGUGAGUGCUAUUCUGCAAGUAUCGAUGCUUUUGGUGAGCGUGGGCAUAUCUUGGAAGCCGAGAAAGUUUUUAACUGUUGUCAAGAACGAAGAAAUCCAAGUGUUCUCGAGUUCAAUGUCAUGAUUAAGGCUUAUGGCAUCAACAAGAAAUAUGAUGAGGCAUGCCGAUUGAUUGAUAGUAUGGAUGCAUAUGGAGUGAUCCCGGAUAAGUGCAGCUACAAUUCACUCAUCCAAAUGCUAGCUAGCGCUGACCUGCCAGAAAAAGCUACUAUCUAUUUAAGGAAAAUGCAGGGUUCUGGAUUGGUGAGUGAUUGCAUACCAUACUGUGCUGUGAUCUCAAGCUUUGUGAAAUUAGGCCAACUGAAAAUGGCAGUGGGGUUGUUCAAAGAAAUGGUUGGAUUCAAAUUGACACCAGAUGUGGUUGUUUAUGGUGUGUUGAUCAAUGCUUAUGCUGAUGUUGGAAACGUUGAAGAAGCUUUACAUUAUGUGAAUGCAAUGAAAGAGAUGGGUUUGCCAAUGAAUGCGGUUAUAUGUAAUUCCUUGAUCAAGCUUUAUACGAAAGUUGGGUGCUUAAAAGAUGCAGAAGAAGCGUACUAUAUUCUUCAACGGUUAGAAGUGGGGCCAGAUGUUUAUUCUUCAAAUUGCAUGAUUGAUCUGUAUACCGAGCGAUCAAUGGUGAAACCAGCAGAAGAGAUUUUUGAGAAAUUGAGAAGAAAUGGGAAUGCAAAUGAGUUUUCUUAUGCGAUGAUGUUGUGUAUGUACAAGAAAAUUGGAAGCUUUGAGGAAGCAUUUGAGAUAGCACAAAAAAUGAGAGAAUUUGGACUUUUGACUGAUUUGUUGAGUUAUAAUCUUGUCCUUGGAUUGUAUGCAUCUGAUGGUAGAUUCAAGGAGGCAGUUACGAUCUUUAAGCAGAUGAUUGAAUCUGGUGUUCAACCAAAUGAUUCGACUUUUAAGUCACUCGGAGUUGUUCUCAUGAAACGUGGAGUUUCAAAGAAAGCAGUCGCGAAUCUUGAAGUUAUGUGGAAAAGGGAUCAUCAAAGUGGCUUGGAAGCAUGGUUAGCAACUCUUGAUUCCAUAGUUGGUUUGGUUUUUCAUGAUUUGAAUGAUGAAUGAUGAUUUAAUCGCGUUAAUAUGUCAAAUUUAGAAGAACACCAACACAUAUGAGUUUGAACACUGCCAUGGUUGGUUGGGUGCAUCUUUAGAUUAAUCUGUUGUAUGUUCAUAUAGAUGUUUUGAAUCUUGGAAAAGAUUUAUAUAUAUCACUACAAGAUUGUCGUUUUAACUUCCAUGUGAUUUUAUUGCCUAUAUAGUCUCCUCAGUUUCAUGAUUCUCGUUAAAUCAUUCUGCACAUUUUUUAAGUUCCCUUUUUAUCAUAAACAUGAUUGGACUCAUGAUUACUGUUUCUGGAGGAGAGAUAAGGUUUGCAUACAUCCUACUCCAUAUCUUAUUU